UGGGAAGAACAUGGGAGGAUGGACCCCGCUCAUGUAUGCUGCUUACAUCGGCCAUGACAACAUCACCAACCUGCUGCUGGAGGCUGGAGUAAACGUGAAUGCAAGCACACCUAAAGGCUCAGCCCUCUGAUGCUGGCAGCCAGCUGCGGCAACGAAAGCAUCGCCUACUUCCUGCUGCAGCAAGGCGCAGAUCUGGAGCUGAGGGACGCCAGAGGCUGGACGGCCCUGUUCCACUGCACCAGCACCGGCCACCAGCAGAUGGUGAAGUUCCUGCUCGACAACAACGCCGACGCCAACGUAAAGGAGCCUGGGUCGGGGUUCACCCCCCUGAUGGAGGCCGCGGCUUCCGGACACGAAAUCAUCGUUCAGUACCUGAUGGACCACAAAGUGAAGGUCAGCGAGCGUAACGCCAAGGGAGAGACCGCCCGGGCGCUCGCCGCCAUGUACGGCUACACCAAGAUCGUCGGCCUCAUCGACUCGCGGUCUCACCGAUUAAAACCAGGACACUUCGAAGACCUGAGCUCCUCGGAGGAUUCGGACAGCUCGCCGCCGAGGGCCCGGCCCGGCCGCAGCCGAGUCAAAGGCGUCAGCAUCCACGACGGGCCUCAGGCCAUCGCCAAGUUCCGCGUUGGAGGCGGGAGCAGAGCGGCCGAGCCUCCUGCCGCCGCCGCGCCGAGACGAACGCCGUCCCGCGACGCCGGAGAGCGGAGCGAGAUCUGCUGCCGGGACGUGACGUCGCCGAUCAACGAGCUGGACGUCCAGAGCCACAGCAGCAGAGACGACAGCCCGUUCUUUGAGAACGACAUGCCCACCAUGAGGAGCAGCAGCAGCAGCAGCGACGGCCCGCCUCCUGCCGUGGGACUCGGCUGGGAGGGAUCGGUGGAGAGCAACGAGGACUCGGACCAGAACCAGAAGAGCAGCUGUCGCCGGCAGAACAAGGCUCACCACGGGAAGGGAAAGGCGCGGCACGGCGAGGCGGCGCUCCCCGGCGGUCCUCCGGCUUCUUACGCCGGGCCAAAGGAUCUGGCAGAAUUCCUGGAGCAGAUCGGCUUCUCCAAGUACCUGCCGCUGCUGGAGGAGCAGGACAUCGACCUGCGGCUCUUCCUCACGCUGACGGAGAACGACCUGAAGGAGAUCGGGAUCACGCUGUUCGGACCCAAACGGAAGAUGACCUCGGCCAUCGCCAGGUGGCACAGCGGCGCGCCGCCGCCCAGCGACGCCCUGGAGCAGGCCUACGCCGACCAGCUGGAGGCCGAGAUGCAGGAGAUGGCCAUCCAGCUCCACAAGCGCUGCGAAGAAAUCGAGGUUCUGCAGAGCCAGGUGUCCCAAGAGAAGGAGCUGCGGACGGUGAUGGAGGGAUGCCUGAUGGAGGACAAGAUGGCCUGGAAGAAGGUCCAGUCGGAGCUGGUGGAGAACCACAGGCUGGCGCAGGACAUCGGCGCCACCCUGGCCAAGGAGCGGGUCUGCCGGGCCCAGCUGCUGUCCUGCUGCGUGGCGGAGGGGCGGGGCGGUGGAGGACAGGAAGGUUCUGGAGGUGGAGCCGCCGAGGAGCCGAGGCGUUCUGCUGUUCUGCAGCUGACUAAGGAGCUGGAGGCGUACCAGGAGAAAAUGGCCGGGACUCUGGAGACGCUGCUGCAGAGCCUCAGGCGGCUCAGCGCCCCAGAAAAGGUGUCGGACAGCUGGGAGCGCCCCUAACCUGCCUCCCCAGGAGGCGCUGCAGGUAAUUGACGGAGGGUGACCCAGCCACCCUGAACCAUCUCUGAAGCCAGAGGCCAGAAGGGCGGGUCCUGCUGGAGGGAAGCGCCGCAGAGCCGCAGCUCGUCUGCGAUUGGCCGGAGGACCGCAGCUCGCCUGCGAUUGGCCGGAGGACCGCAGCUCGCCACAUGAGGGCCGGAGCGACUCAGCCGCUGCGGGGAAACGACAAGCAGGCAGGAGGGGUUCCUGUCCCCCCCCCCCCUCGUCUGUGCUGCUGUUUGUUCACCUGAUGUGCAAAUAAAAGCAGAGAAGAAGAAAAGCAGGACGGCGGGAUGACGUGAUACCGGGACGCUUUGGGUCCUAGUCGUCUUACAGUGAGGCGUCCUGCGUGUCGUCAUAGUUACGAUGAACUGUUUGCUGAUUCUGGAUGAAUCUUUGACUUAAUUUUCACCAAACUUGACAAUUCCAGACUCUGAUUUUUUUUACCUGAAAGCCGACUUUCUGAAUUCACAUGAACUGUUUCUAGGUUUUUAAAACGCCGCUUUGUCCCUUUGUAUUUCAAAUUAAAAGCUGUCAAAACGUUUUGA